CUUCAUUCAGGUGGAGCGACAGCAGCAGCAGCCCGUAAUAAUCCAUAACACCUCCAUGUAGCAGCAGCCUCUCGGUCUGGUGACACCCCGUCGUCGCCAGACUCAGACACAGUUCACUAACAGCUCGGGUCGGCCCGGUGCGGUUCGGUUGGGUUCCUUACCUUCCUCACUACGUAAACAGUAACAUUAUUAUGGCGGCCGCGGAUCCCCGGUGCUCGAGUGACGGCGGGCCGGCCAGCAGAGGAGGAUUCCCGGCCGGGGAGAGCAGCGACGGGCCGGGCGGCAGCAGCGGCAGCAGCGGUGGAGGAGGCGGCAGUAGCGGCAGCGGCGCAGAGGGCGACCGGGAGCGGGACCGGGCCACCUUCGAGUGCAACAUUUGUUUGGACACUGCCCGGGACGCGGUCAUCAGUAUGUGCGGCCACUUGUUCUGCUGGCCCUGUCUUCACCAAUGGCUGGAGACGCGGCCCAGCAGGCAGCAGUGUCCUGUAUGUAAAGCAGGCAUCAGCAGAGAGAAAGUCAUCCCACUGUACGGCAGAGGGAGCUCCAGCCAAGAGGACCCCAGGUUGAAAACUCCACCUCGGCCUCAGGGACAGAGAACAGAGCCAGAGAGUCGAGGCGGCAUGUUUCAGGGUUUCGGGGACACCGGCUUUCACAUGUCUUUCGGCAUCGGUGCUUUCCCCUUCGGCUUCUUCACCACAGUUUUCAACGCCAACGACCCCUUUCACAGAGCAGACCAGUAUGGACCAGGUGAUCAACAAGGCACCGCUAACCUCAACAACGGCAAUAACAACUGGCAAGACUCCCUCUUCCUGUUCGUGGCCAUCUUCUUCUUCUUCUGGCUGCUGAGUGUGUGAUGGAGACCAGACGGGAGGGAUAGAUGGAUAGACGAGUGGAUCGAUAAGCGGGGAGGGAGGAGCGCAAAAAAACACACACUAAACUCAAGCCACAGACACACACUCAUUAUUUUACAUUUCCUAGCAGGUACUAACUUGGGAGAGAGCGUAGCAUUGUGUUCAAUCCCAAAACAAGACAUACAGGAUAUAUAUUAUAUAAAUAUUAUAUUUGAGGAUUCUCAGCCCCACACACCUGCUUCGUUGAUUUUGUUUAUGCAAGAAACACUGGAAAGUAGUUGUGCGAAAAUCCCAAAAUAAGUCAUGUUGGCCCUCCCUCUCUACAUGCACUUGUAGAUAUAUGCACACAGAAAACUAACUGUUGGGUUCAGAGACAGUAUUAAGUGAUCGGGGUGAGCUAUGUAAAGAUUUUUGGUGCAGAAAAGAGGUGGGUGGAGGAUAAUUCGGGGCAGUGACUAAUUCUGUUUUGGUUUUUCACAUUCCUCUUGAAGGUUUAUUCCUUUGAUUGAGAGAGAGAGAGGGAGACACGUUGUGGAAGAGAGGGAGGGGUAUGUAUGAGAUAGCGUAGUUGUUGCUAUAGCAGCUUUUUCUUACUCUAAAAAGGCCAAAGAGUAGCGGAUCAGUCAUGUACGAUGUUGGGGAGUGAAAAAAUGUAAUCGAAUUAUGUUCCUGUUUACAGUUUCCUCCUGAAUUGAACUCCUAGAAUUUGCGACUAAACAGAUGGACGGAUAGAAAUAGCACAGAUGGAUGCAUUUUUUUAUAUACAUGUCUUAACAAAAACCAGCCAUUGCACUGUGAAGUCAUUUGUAGACGGAGCUUGUCCUAAAGAUUGGAGCGUGUGCUGGCGUUUAACCACUUGUUGUGUCUUUUCCUCACAAAGCUGUAGAAACAUGAAUGAAGGGCCAGUUUGGGAGAUUUUCGCAUCGACAUGAGCAACUUGAGAGAGUAAAAAGCAAUCUGACACACACACAGUUUGUUAAUUACAGAGCAAAUUGUCAUGAUAGAAAAAGUACUGGCUAAUAAAGUAGCUCAAUGAGAUGAUACAAAACUCAUGACGGCGGAGUUGAUGCAGUGAAGUGAGGAGAAUCCUUUCAGUUAUUCGUGGAGGUGAAAAAGGUCAGCACACUAAGAAUUUACAGGAGUGAACUUGGUGUCACAGUUGAUUUGUUUUUUUUUUCUUGACUGUACGUGUCUGUGUGUCCGAGUGAGUGCGUAAACAUUAUAUAUUUGUAUAUAUGAAUAUUGUAAAUGCUGUUUUUACGUGUUUUCUGAGUGGAUGAGCAGCCACGGAGGGCGAUGGAGGAGGAGAUGAGCGAGUGCUUUUGUAAAGCGAGAAAUGAUUCGGUUCCUGGUUUUCCGUUAAUUCUUUCCUUUGACUAAAAAAAAAAAAAAAGGCUUGCAGCCCAAACUAAUAACUCUUCUGCCAACCUCUCCCUUUAAGUUAAAUAAAUGUUAUGAACGCAAAAAAGUUUGUCCUUCCCUGCUAAUGUGAUUUGAUAUAAGGAUGUUUGCUCUCUUGUAACUGACACAGUGCACGUUGAAGAUCUUCCUUUUAGUGUACAAAGUGUUCGAAGCAGUUGAGCGAUAUAACACACAUUCAUCUUAAUAUUUGACAACUUGACAAGCAAAAUGUGCUUCUCUCACGUCUUUCUAACUCCACACCUUCAGAUUUUCAAACUCGUAGUCUUCAGCUCCAACCGACAAGGCAAUUGAUCAGAUUUCACGCAGCUCUCCGGAGCCAGAAAUAGCUUCAUACGGCUUUUUUUUUACACAUAUACAGUAGUCCUCCCCAACACCUGUAUGUGUAAUAUCACUGGAAAUCAGCUCAACUAGAUGUAAUGAGUGGGUGUUUGGCAUUUAAACAUUCACACCAGGGUUAUAGAUGAUGCCGAAUGUCCUCUGUUGGAUGACAGGAUGGCUGCAGGGGGCUUGUCAUUUCUUGCAUACUUGUCUGUUCAAGCUACACUUUGUAUUAUAAGGCUUAUGUGACACUAAAACAAGAUUUGACAGACUAAAACUGGAGACAUUGUGCAAAACCAAAUGAUGUAGGAGAUUAAAACUUCAUUAAAACA